UGCUCUCCCCUCCUUGUUGCUUUUGUAGAACAUGCCUCUCAUAGCCAAACUACUGCUAGCAUCUUACACAGCACUCCUUGAAGCUCAGCUGUGAGAGUUAAACCAGUCUCUCUAUCCUGAUUUCCAGCCCUCUACACAUAGCAACAGGAAACAUGAGGGAGUGCAUCUCUAUCCACGUCGGUCAGGCUGGAGUCCAGAUGGGCAAUUCCUGCUGGGAGCUUUACUGCCUGGAGCAUGGGAUCCAGCCGGACGGACAGAUGCCCACAGACAAGACAAUUGGAGGAGGAGACGACUCCUUCAACACCUUCUUCAGUGAGACUGGAGCUGGAAAGCACGUCCCCAGGGCAGUUUUUUUGGACCUGGAGCCCACUGUCAUCGAUGAGGUGCGCACUGGGACGUACCGCCAGCUGUUCCACCCUGAGCAGCUGAUCACUGGCAAGGAGGAUGCUGCCAACAACUACGCCCGUGGACACUACACCAUCGGCAAAGAACUAAUUGAAACGGUGAUGGACAGGAUCCGCAAACUGUCUGACCAGUGCACUGGUCUCCAGGGUUUCCUGGUUUUCCACAGCUUCGGAGGUGGCACCGGCUCUGGUUUCACCUCCCUGCUGAUGGAACGUCUGUCCCUCGACUACGGCAAGAAGUCCAAGCUGGAGUUCUCCAUCUACCCAGCUCCCCAGGUGUCCACCGCUGUGGUGGAGCCCUACAACGCCAUCCUCACCACCCACACCACCCUGGAGCACUCUGACUGUGCCUUCAUGGUUGAUAACGAGGCCAUUUACGAUAUCUGCCGUAGAAACCUUGAUAUCGAGCGCCCCUCUUACAGCAACCUGAACAGGUUGAUCAGUCAGAUUGUGUCCUCCAUCACUGCCUCCCUUCGCUUUGAUGGUGCCCUCAAUGUUGAUCUGACAGAGUUCCAGACCAACUUGGUGCCCUAUCCCCGAAUCCACUUCCCUCUGGCAACCUAUGCCCCUGUCAUCUCUGCUGAGAAAGCUUACCAUGAGCAGUUAACCGUGUCAGAGAUCACUAACGCCUGCUUUGAGCCAGCCAAUCAGCUGGUGAAGUGUGACCCACGCCACGGUAAAUACAUGGCCUGCUGCCUUUUGUAUCGUGGUGAUGUCGUUCCCAAAGAUGUGAACGCUGCCAUUGCCACCAUCAAAACCAAGCGCUCCAUCCAGUUCGUAGACUGGUGCCCCACUGGUUUCAAGGUGGGCAUCAACUACCAGCCACCCACUGUAGUUCCUGGUGGAGACCUGGCCAAGGUCCAGAGGGCUGUGUGCAUGCUGAGCAACACCACUGCUAUUGCAGAGGCCUGGGCUCGGCUUGACCACAAGUUUGAUCUGAUGUACGCUAAGCGUGCCUUUGUGCACUGGUAUGUGGGGGAGGGUAUGGAGGAGGGAGAGUUCUCUGAGGCCAGAGAGAACAUGGCCGCUCUGGAGAAAGAUUACGAAGAGGUUGGAGCUGAUAGUCUGGGAGAUGAGGAGGAGGAUGAGGAAGGAGAGGAGUAUUAAAUAAUCUAUACUUUAAUUGACCCUAAAAAUAAAGAUUGUUAAUUGACAGUACUAUUGUUUGCUCUCUUAUUUACAAAACUCCACAGGGCACAUCGAGCAAUUACGAUUGGUUUUUUUUUCACUUGUGUUUAAAGCAUUCUGUAAUCUCUGGUAAUAUAAUGUCACGUUAAUAAAUUAAAAUGUAUUCAA